AUGCGGCUUUUCCAACGUCGUAACGUGUUUGGCUCUCCCCCCACAUUCCCUCCCCCUCACCUCCCCCUCUCUCGCCCCCCCCGACCUUCGCACCCCAGUCCCCCAGGGUACUAUUUCCGGGCGGGCACGGGGGCCGGCAAGAGCAUGUGGCACAUCUACCUGCCGCACGGGGGGUGGUGCCGCAAUGCCAACGAGUGCGUCGGCAGGAGCAAGACGGCACUCGGCAGCAGUACAUUCUACCCCGACGAUCCCACCAACGCGACCAUCCCCUCCCCGGGUUUCAACGGCAUUCUGAGCAGCAACAGCAGCAUCAACCCGCCUUUCUACAACUGGAACCUCGUUCGUCUCAUCUACUGCGACGGUGGCGGCUACUCGGGCACGGCAGGGCGGCUGGAAAUAAACAAUGACACGGCGAUUAAUCUGGACGGGUGGAACAUCGUUCAAGCGGUGAUAGAGGGUGCGUUGUGA